GGUCACGUUCGAUCCGCUCCAUGGCUCGACUCUCUUCAGCAUAAACAGCUAUGUAUAAUAUAACAACGUAUAUACCGCAUUUUCGUGCCAACCAUGCGUUAUGCCAGUUAACUUGUAACUACACCUGCGAGUAACGACGACUGCACCCCUUCCAAGGCCCAUGCCGAAACUGUCAAAAAAUCGAGCGUGUAACGCGGGGUGCAACCGCGUCGUCGUCAACGGAAUUUUUUAUCCUCCCGUAAGCCAUGAACCCUAUCGCCAGAACAACGACCGUGUUCCACGGAGCCAGUGAAACCCCAGCCUUCUAAAAAGUGCGUCCGUUCCGAGGCUGGGGGAAACCGGAACAGUGGCUAAAACGUAGCGCCGUGCGCGUUGGGGGUAGAAAAUUUCGUAUAUGGAGGCAGUCAGGGCACCGUGUUAGGCAACCAAGCCUACACGGAAGCCGACCCGUGUUGCAUAAUAUCGCUUUUCUCGUACAGAGUUCCGUCGCGUCCAGUGCUAAUCCGUGAAAAUUUAUAGAGCGAAUAAUAUUUGAAGUAUCGACAUGGCAUCGAGUAAACCGCUGGAAAUGAGCUACACGUGCGAAAUUUGCGGUCUGGAGGGCUUCAACGAUGAGGAAAUGAGAUCGCACAUGGUCAUCUAUCAUCUUCAAGGAGCAGCUAGCUGCCCUUUUUGUGACCUCGGCGAGGUUUCACCUGCCGAAAUGCUCGUCCACGUGAACAGUGCUCACUUAGACUACCUAACUCCAAGCACCCCGGAGAACGAUAUGAUGGCCUUCAUCGACGACGAUCCUAUAACUGACAGCGAUCGUUAUGACGAAUGCCGAGGGCCUUCCCCGCUAGCAUCCCCCUACACCCCGCACCUCCAAAACGGCUGGGGUUCACCGCCACCCUCCCAGCAAUUGCAGGAAGAGCGGAAAUCCAGCAGUCUAAAUCUGAAUAAUAAUAUAAACAACAAUAACAAUAGUAGCGCCGUCAACGUACCCGAGGGUGCCGCUGGUCACGGUUCUCCACUUCGUUCCGGGCUAAACCUCCAGCUUCGUUCACACGCUUCACCUAGGCCACCAGUACAAGAGUGUCCAAUGUGUCCUUACACCUCAGAUAGUCCGCUAAAACUUGAGGAGCACAUCAAUCGUCAACACUUUGAUUUAACGUCACCUUCCUACCCACCAGAAUCACCCCCGUCUAGAGACAGUGUUUUCAACUGCCCGCUUUGCGUCAGAUCUUUUUCCCACGCAUCUGACCUUGAACUACAUGUCAACAUUGAACACAAAGAUAUACUUAGCCCAGCAAAUGGCACAGCAAUGUGCGAACAAAAUGGAACCUACACACCGACCUGUCCUGUUUGCUUAAGUAGUUCAUUUACAAAUAGCGAUGAACUAACUGCUCACAUAGAGGAGCAUUUCAAUAAGAAAAGUGCACCCUCGCCCGUGACCCCGGAUGUAUCCAGUGAUCGGUUGUUGGCUAAGGACAUGGAGAGAAGGGAAAAGGAAGUGAGAAGGUUAAGAGAGCAACGCGAGUUUGAGAUGUUGAGAGCACAGUAUGGUAUGGAUAAUCAGGGUAACUUUCGGGAACAGAGUGUAACUAAUAUGCAACGAGCUGUCUAUGCUGGUGAGAUGUCGGUCGCUGAUUAUUAUGAAAGACAAAUAGAACUCAGAGUUGCCGAGAGCAGCGGGAUCGAUGAUGGUAGCUCCUGCACUCGUGGAUUGGUUCCGAAAGUGAGAGCAGUCAGUCAGGCAUGCAGUAAUGUAGUGACCACUUUAAUGUGCUCCACUGUUGACCAUUACGGUUCAACUUACGGCGAUAAGGGAUGGGGGUGUGGAUACAGGAACAUACAGAUGUUGAUUUCCAGUUUGCUGCAACAUACGGGUUUCAAUGAUUUGGUCUACAAAGCAUGGGGCUCUGGAGUAGGAAGCAGUAGUACUACUGACUGCCCAUCUCGCAGUGCCAUGCCAUCUAUUUCACGACUUCAAAAAAUAGUCGAAUGGGCUUGGGCACAAGGCUUUGAUAUUCAAGGUGCUGAACAACUCGGUGGUAAACUAGUCAAUACGAGAAAGUGGAUCGGUGCUACGGAAGUUGUAACACUUCUGUCCAGUUUGAGGAUAAGAUGCCAGCUUAUCGAUUUUCAUAGCCCAACAAGUUCUGACGGUGGGCAUCCAGAAAUGUUCAAUUGGGUUCUGCAAUACUUCCACAAAACAGAAGACUUUAAGCCACCACUGUAUUUGCAACACCAAGGUCACAGCAGAACAAUAAUGGGCGUUGAACAAUUGAGAGAUGGCUCAAUCACUAUGUUAGUAUUAGAUCCAAGCCAUAGCCCCUCUCAAAUGUCGCAGUUCAGCAGCACCAGUAGUGCGCCUGGUGCGAUGCGCCUUGUACGCAAAUCUACUGCAGCAAUGAAGGCUAGACAGUAUCAAGUAGUAGCUGUUACCGGUAUGAUGGAUUCGGAAGCCCAGUAUCAACAAAGCAAGGUGCUACGAUCCAUGCGAAUUCCACAGGAUAGGGGAUCAAACUCUGUUGUAAGAUUUAGGUCGAAACGUUAAAAAAUGGGCUUUACCAAACGUCGCACCAGCAAUCAACACUCGUCCCAUAAACUGCACUUACUUGUUCCACACAUAUAAAGUACAACUACUUUCAUACAAAUUAUAAGUAAUAUAUUUAAUUACAUUAAUCAAUAUAAGGCAAACCUACUCCUUAGAUCGUAAGUCCACCACAAUGCUGUGAAAAUUUCAGUCCAAUACUUAAUCGUUAUACGACUUAUUAGACUCUCUAUCAGUAUGUACAUUACAUUAAUUCUCUUAAGGUCUAUUUAUUAUAACUUACGUAUUUGACAAUUUGCGGAGGUGUCUCUUAAUUAUAAAUGACUUCUAGUUUCAGUUCAGAUAAUAUGUAAUACGAGAAAAUUAUUGAUAAAUGUUACAUCUUUACUCAAUGUUAGUGUGAAACUUUCGAUAUUGAUGCUUUGAGAAUUGAUGAUUAGUAUGAAUGUCUGUAAUUAACUGUGAUUGUAAGAUAGAUUUAGAAGAGUGAGCAAGUUUAUACAAAAUUUCAAUUUUUAUAUACCUAUGAUUUAAGAAUUAUUCAUUUCCAGUAAUUGGAAUUUUCAUUUUCUGAUUUGUACUUCUUGUUUUUAUAAUUCUGAGACACCAAGAGCAGCACGGUAUAAAAUACUAUACAGUCAACUUAUGGUGCACAAGACUGUAUUGCUAUAAUUAUUUCACGUUAUUAAACUAUAAAAUAAUGAUAUUAGGUAAAUUGUUUUGAAUCUGGUUACUUGACCCUAUUAUUACAAAGAUUCUCAAAAUCAUAUUAUAUUACACUUACAUCAACGAAUAUACAUAAAUAUUCAGUUUUUUGGGAUAGCAGUCUAAGAAUAUACUGAUAUUGUUAUAUGCAAUAAAAUUUAAAUGUUAUCCAUACGUCAUGUCAAAAUAUAUGCUUUGUUAGAAUUCCCAGCAUGGAUGAGUUAUGUUAUUCUUAUUACAAUCCCACACUUCUUUCCUUUCAACGAAC